GCAAACCAGAAAUUGCAGAAAUCUAUACAUACAUAUCAAUUUCUAGAGAGAGAAAGUAAAACCCUUUUGGUCUAUGAAGCAGAAAUUUUGGGUACUUUCUCUCUCUCUAAAUAAAUUUCCAUUUUUACCCCUCAAGAAAUCUUGGACAUCUUUUACUGUAAUCGAUUUUUUCCAGAUUUGAGCUUAGUGAUACUGGAGUUCAGGGCAUAAUGUUGCUUGUGUUUCAGCAAAUUGAGCUUGAAAUUUGCAAUGCUGUAAUUGGUGAAGUACGUGGGAGCUCAAGCCGACAUCUAUAACGAAAAUUCAAGAAAAAAUCAAUUCUCUGAUCUUGGAAAAUCCUAAGGUUUUCAAUUCUGAGCAAGAUUUAAGAAGAUAACUGAUUUAAUUGAAGGUUGGUGACAGAAUAGUCAUAUAUGAUUUGAGGAGAUAGAUGGGUGAAUUCUAGCUUAUUCCAAGUGCUCUGGAAAGGAAGAAGGUAGAGUUGAGGAGAAACCAAUGGAAGAUUGGUCCAAGUACGUUCAUAGUCCGGCUCAUUUGGCUGUGGCUAAGCGAGACUAUGCUACUUUGAAAAGAAUAGUUGCUGGCCUUCCUCAACUGCCCAAGGCUGGUGAAGUGAACACUGAAACGGAGUCUUUGGCUGCUGAGCUUAAUGCAGAUUCUGUUUCUGCAGUAAUUGAUAGGCGGGAUGUUCCUGGCCGUGAAACCCCAUUGCACCUUGCUGUUCGGAUGAGGGAUCCUGUCUCAGCUGAGAUUUUAAUGGCUGCAGGUGCUGAUUGGAGUCUUCAGAAUGAGAAUGGGUGGAGUGCUCUCCAGGAAGCAGUGUGUACCAAGGAGGAGAAUAUUGCUAUGGUUAUUGCUAGGCAUUAUCAGCCCCUUGCCUGGGCCAAGUGGUGCCGCAGACUUCCUAGGAUUGUUGCCUCAGCUGGUCGAAUUCGUGAUUUCUACAUGGAGAUAACCUUUCACUUUGAGAGCUCGGUAAUACCAUUCAUUGGACGGAUUGCUCCGUCAGACACUUACCGGAUUUGGAAACGGGGUUCUAAUCUUCGUGCAGAUAUGACUCUUGCAGGAUUUGAUGGGUUCCGCAUUCAACGUUCAGAUCAAACUUUCCUUUUUCUUGGAGAAGGGUAUUCAUCAGAAGAUGGGAACAGAUCUUUGACUCCUGGUUCUUUGAUUGUGCUUGCUCAUAAGGAGAAAGAGAUUACAAAUGCAUUAGAGGGAGCUGGUGUGCAACCAUCAGAAGCUGAAGUUGCUCGUGAAGUGACUUUGAUGUCCCAAACAAAUAUGUAUAGACCAGGAAUUGAUGUCACCCAGGCGGAGCUUGUUCCCCACUUAAAUUGGAGGAGACAGGAAAGGUCUGAGAUGGUUGGUACAUGGAAGGCAAAGGUGUAUGAUAUGCUUAACGUCAUGGUCAGUGUAAAAUCAAGGCGCGUUCCUGGUGCUAUAACUGAUGAGGAGCUCUUUACAGUGAACGAUGAUGAGAAAGUAGUGAAUGGUGGUGACGAUGAUUAUGAUGAUGCAUUAACAGCUGAAGAAAGAAUGCAGUUAGAUUCUGCACUUCGGAUGGGCAAUUCAGAUGGACCUGGUGAGUAUGAAGAGCCUGAAGUUCACGAUUUCCAUGGAAACUCUGAUGGAGGUUCAUUUCAGAGUUGUGAAUCCAAUGGUGUUACAAAGGAGAAGAAAAGUUGGUUUGGUUGGAGCAAAAAAGGCUCCAAAGACACUAGUGAUGAUCCAGAGGACUCAAAGCUUGUAAAGAAGUUCUCAAAGCUGGCUCCAGAGGAUAGCAAACAGAGACCAAAUGACAAUCACGCAUCAUCAUCUGAAGUUCCUCGGGAGGAUACAGGGGAUGGUAAAAGGAGCAAAGAUAAGAGCAGCAAGAAGAAAAAGAAGAAAGGAACCAUAGGUGAGCCUAAGACCGAAAGUGAGUAUAAAAAAGGAUUAAGACCUGUUUUGUGGUUGACGCCGGACUUCCCACUGAAAACAGAAGAACUAUUACCAUUGCUUGACAUUCUAGCCAACAAGGUUAAAGCUGUCAGAAGAUUAAGAGAGCUUUUAACUACUAAAUUACCUCCUGGCACAUUUCCUGUCAAGGUAGCUAUCCCCAUCGUUCCAACAAUUCGAGUUCUUGUUACAUUUACAAAGUUUGAAGAGCUUGAACCAGUGGACGAAUUUUCAACCCCUCUUUCAAGUCCUACAAAUUUCCAAGAUGCUAAGUCUAAGGAAUCCGAUGGUUCUACAUCAUGGAUUUCAUGGAUGAAGGGGAACCGUGACGAGCUAUCUAGCGACAGUAAAAACCACAGUUUCCAGGAUGAGAUUGACCCUUUCCGUAUACCUUCAGAUUAUGCUUGGGUUGAUGCAAAUGAGAAAAAACGCCGAAUGAAAGCCAAGAAAGCAAGGAACAAGAAGCAUAAAAAGCAUAGUGCCACUAGAAAUCCAGAGAAUGGGCAGCAGACAAGUGAGGAUGCUGAAGAAUAACAGCAAUGGGACUUCUUCUCUCCUACUUACCAUAGAAAGAAGAGGUAACGCUCCGUGUCCCUGUUUCUCUUCCAAGGGUCAAGCAAGUUGAGGCUCUCCUGGGGGCAAGUUUUAGGAGUUCACCUCUUUAUUGUAUCAGAAAAUAUUUGUCUUCUGCCAUUGUUGUACCUUAAACUAAUGUGGAAGUUUACAAAACAUCAUUUUCUUCUUAGUGUUUCCAGUUAAGUACGUCAGGCAGAUUUGAGUCAUAGAUUUCUUGGCGAGAGCUUCCAUGCAACUCUCGGGACUUCAUAUAUCAUUAGCUUAUAUUCUGACUGAGUAGCAUGGGGCUUGUGGAAUCCUGUAUGAAUCAGCAAGGACCACCUUGCAAGGUUGAAUACUCCUGGGUAACUGAUAACGAAGUAGUACCAUGAGAGAGACAUACAAGUCAUAUCGUCUUUAAGAUUUUUCUCUCUGUGUAGACUUUGAAAGAGGAGAUUAGUUUGUGCUUUGGCCGGUUAAAAUAGAUUAAAUUUGUAAAGAGCUUUACAUUUUAAAACAGCCUAGCGUGUUUGUGAGUUCUUUUUUUCUUUUAUAGUAAUCUUGAUUCUUGAA